AUGGCCCUGUCGUGGAAUCGGCGGCAGCUUCUGGCGGAGGUCGAGGAGCGUGGCGUGGAGAUCGACUUUUGCUACGAGCGGAUCGGAGACCUCGAGCGCCAGGUCGAGGCGGUCACCGCCGAGCGUGACUUCUUCCGUCGUGCUUGGGAGGGGCUCCGGCGGCGGUUCGUCCGCUUGGCGGACGCUGCGUGGGCGUUGGCCGCUGUGCGUGUUUGGGGUCCGGCGGACGAGGAGCRCCUGCUCCUGCAGCACGUCCUGCAGGACGUGGACAACGACUAG